AUGCUUCGAUGGGCUCUUCUCUCGGAUGAUGUAACGAACAAUGGGGAGGUUGCACCUAUUGCUCCAGAUUCUGUACCGAAGUGUUCUGAUUGCGCCAUGAAUAGCGCGAGUGACGUACCCGAUAGUUGGAAUUCUGAGAAUGUUAGUCCGUCUCAGCACCAGCACAAUAGCACCAACUUUCGCGUAUCGAGUGUGUUUGGGUGUGCGCAAGACGAGGCACUCGUGGCCCAAUCAAAACAGCCUAUUUUAUCGGACGGCGGCCAUAGUCAGGAGAAGGCCCGCAGUGACUAUGUGGAGUUGAGUCCGAAGGAUGUGGUGGUCUGCCUUCUAACCAUGUACGUUGUACAUGAGGAGCAUGCACGGUUCGAGGGCAAUUUGUCCGUGUCCGCUGAGGAGACUAGCGAGUGGAUUGAAUAUGCCAAGCGUCACCUGGACUGCAAAGAGCCAGAACAGCUUAUUGCUCGUCUACAGAGGGCCGAGCCUUCUCGCAUAAACUGGCCUCCAUCGGACACCACUGCUUAUACCGCUGUGUAUUAUUCGCUUCCUGAUUGGCUGGUAAGUCAAAUAGUUGACACCAAAGGCACGGCGUCGACCAAUGAAAUCGCCGCUGCGAUGAAUCGACCGGGUGGUAUCAAGUUACGGUGUAAUACGUACAUGAAUGAUAUCCCCAAGCUCAUGGACGAUCUCCAAGCCGAAGAAGGUAUCGUAACCAGCCCUACCCGGUACACCGCGUGUGGGUUGAAGGUGGAUUCGCCGGCCAAACCGCAAAUAGUCGGCACGGAAAUCUUUAAGAGGGGUGUGUACGAGGUACAGGACGAGGGGUCGCAACUCAUCGGCUUGGCAACGGGGGUGGAGCGUGGCAUGAGCGUGGUGGACCUUUGCUGUGGGCGUGGUGGGAAAGCACUGCACCUGGCCGAUCUUCUCAGUCGCUGUAGAAGGCCUGGCGUGCGACAGCCCUUUAGAUCCGUAAACCGCGGCAGGAAGAGAGUGUACUCUGGAGACUCGGAUAUACCUACAGGCACAAGCGCAAGAGAGGUAGACUCCGGUGGAUGUAGUUUCAUUGAAAGAAUGGUUGUUGACACAAAUGUCCACACACGCACAACGGAUGACGAUGUAGAUAGCAUUGUAGCCGAAAUCAGCGUUGGUGCAUGCAACACACGAACGUUGUGUAGUCUGGCUUUAUGCGAUACUCUGAAAACAGGCGAGACCCACAGCGCGGCUCCCUCAACAGAAACCGACCAAUCCGAGGCAUUGAGUGUGCCAGGGCUGCUGGUGUGUCACGACAUCGACGAUACGACACUCAGCGUAGCCCGACGGCGACUAACAAGUCGUCCUGGGGCUGUGGACCCAAUGGUUGGCUGUGGGUUUGUCUGCUCACGCGCUGCUAGGCAAAUAGUGGGCGGCCGAGGGGGUGACACGGCAAGGGGCAGAGGUGGGGUUGGUAUGGAUGGUGUGAGUGAGGCACAUGGACGGAGGGACGCAGAUGUCACAGCACCUACUACACACCUCGGGUUAGAAACCGGUGCGAAUGCAAGCACAGCGCUACAUGUAGACCCACGGCUGGCGAGAGGGGUGAGUACACAGACCGAAGGCCAGGUGUUGGUGGCUGAUACUACGGUCAGUGUAGCCGAGGCCGCAGACGCUUAUGUUGACAUCCCGGCUAUUCGAGCGAACUUAAUGGACAAUUAUACAGGAAUACAGGACACGCAUUCCCCGUCGCCGUAUGCAGACGUGGUGCUGAGGACCAAAUGUGCGGUGGGAAAUGAGCCAGGAUUCGCUGGCACUAUACCCACCACUGCAACGACGGCUGCUGGCGUAUGGGGCAACGCUGGUGAAGGUUGGUGGCGUUCUGGUAUGUGUUUAUUUAUUCUCUUGACUGUACAUUAG